UUUUAUCACUAUAUUAAAGUGGUCUGGUUGAGAUCUUCUGUUUGCUCUAACCAAAACAAUUUUGGCUCAAGAAAAAAGCCAUUCAAAUCUCUCGUCUCAUUUCAUGUGAUAUCCGAAGAUGAUUCAAGAAUUGUUGGGUGGAAGCAGCGUCGGGAUUCUUGGAGGAGACAGAUCCAAAAUGUCUGCUUCAGGGAUUAUUCUAGAAGGUUCCUCUAAUUCCCAGUCGCCAUCUUCGGCGCCGCCGCCGGUGCCGUCCGUCGCCCCGGCGGCGGCGGGUGCUUCCUCGGAGAACCUCCGGUGCCCUCGCUGUGACUCAUCGAACACGAAAUUUUGCUACUACAACAACUACAAUCUCACUCAGCCGCGCCAUUUCUGCAAGACUUGCCGCCGGUACUGGACCAAAGGCGGCGCUCUCCGCAACGUCCCCAUCGGCGGCGGAUGCCGGAAGAACAAGAGCACCGCCAUUGCUGCGGCGGUCGGGAAGUCCAAUGCCGUCGGAAAAUUGAAGUCGGUUACAAACGAGAUCGGAAAGUCCGCCCUCUUCAGCGGGUUCGAUAACUCUGACACGGCGGCGCUCUCCGCAAACCCUAUAAUUUGGGCGGCGUCUUCCCAGAAUUCCCAUUUUCUUUCCCUCCUCAGACCCAACCAAAACCCUAACCCUAACCCUUACCCUAAUUCCUUUCAUCUCUCCAAUUCCGUCAAGGACGAAGCCAUGCUGUUCGGAUCGUCCAAUUGGAGCUCGGAAUCGCCGUUUUCCGGCGGCGGAAUCACCGGCCGUGUCCUGAAUUUGGACUCCCUGGGCCAGCUCCACGUGUCACCUACAGGAAUGUCGUCGCCGUCAUCGUUAAAUUCCCUCUACAGAAACCAAACUCCGGCGAACCAAACCGUCGCAAGCGGCGAUCUGCAAGAGCUCUACCAACGGCUCAGAUCAUCAAGCAGCUGCUAUCCCGAUCACGCGCCGCUCAUCCACGGCGCCUCAAAUUCCUCCACCAUCAUCAAUUCAGGCAUUCUGGAAUCAUCUCCGGUGGCAGCAGCAGGGGGCGAAUUAGGGUUCUGGAAUUCGUCUCUGUCCUGGCCGUGCACGGACAUGCCAACCACCACCAACUCCCAUGGUGCAUAUCCAUGAAAUCAACAACACAAGUAAUUAAAUUAUUUCAUUUUUACCUAAAUUAAUUAGAAGUAUAAUAUAUGUGGUAAGGUUUGGGGUUUGUUUAAUCUUAAUUAUGCAUUUCAAAUUCAAUUUUUAAUUCGUGAUUUUGGUUUGGGAUUUGGUAUAUAUUUGAAAUUAGGAACCAUCAUGCAUGACUGACUGUGUAGCUAUACUGUCAUGUCAUGUCAUUACUUGGUCCAGUUUAUUUUAUUUUAAUUUUUAAUUAGUUAAAGUAGUUAGGUAGCUAGGUUCAAUGUACGUACUGCUUUCAUUGGGAUGUUAUUAAUUAAUGAGAUUGUGUGCAA